AUGUUCGAAAAACGGUUCAAACGUCCAAGUGUAGCGAAUGGAGAUGGGUUAAUAUUGUACUGCAACCAAUACAGUUACUACUGCCACAAGGUUCUACAGGCACUGCACGAGAAAGGGAUACGGUUCACCAAGUACGAUAUCGAUGUAACGAACGAUGAGCACUUUUCCGAAUGGUUUCUGGAGCUCAAUCCACGGGCCGAGUUGCCGGUGCUGCAGAAUGGAUUGCUGAUCGUGCCCGGAUCGUCCCGUAUACUGGACUAUCUGGAGGAAAACUAUCCUAAAAACAAACCGCUACGCAUGCCACUCGGAACGGAUAAACUGCUACACGGCUUUCGUCAAACGAUCGAAAGCCUGCCGAUCGGUGUGAUAACUAUUGGAUCCUUUCUUCACCCACAGCACGUCGGUAGUCCAAAGUUUCCGUUCGUUAUGCCCGUGCGUCAAACGAUCCUCGCACGCGAGGAGACACUUUCACAACGGCUUCGUUCCUACGCCACCGAGUAUCUUGCAUUUGCGGAGGUUCUACUAAAGAAAGCUGACUUUCACGAUCGUAAGCGAAAUAUAAUUGCGAGCGAGGAAUACUUCUGCAAGCUUUUGGAUGCGUUGGAUGAAUUUAUAACCAGUGUUGAACAGUAUCUAGCUACGAUCGAUAUCGACGCGUGUUGGUUGAUCGGGUCCGAUACGUUCACACUGGUCGACAUCAGUCUCGGUACGUUGCUGCACCGAUUGUACGUACUUGGACUGGAGGAUCGUUUCUGGGGUGCCGGAAAACGUAGACCCAACGUAGGACGAUACUUUGCAAAAAUGUGCGCACGUGACUCGUUUCAAAGUGUACUGCCGUCGAAGGUGUCAAUUUUGCGCACGGUCUGGAUAAAUACGCCACCGGUGUAUAAGGCGGGAUUGGCCGCCGUUUCGUCCGUUUUGAUCAGUUCCACACUUUUGAAGCGAUAG